AUGAAGGCGAUUCCCAUGUUCACCAUCAACGUGGUCUCUCCGGCGCGUCUUGGUUCCCCGGCGAACUCUAAGUCUCCAUCAUCAUCUACUGUGUUCUCCAUCAUCAUGUACGCUUCUCCACUCUCUAUCAUGGCUCUCAUGCUGUUCUAUUAUUACGACGUGUUCAAAUGGUAUGACACUGAGGCAAGAGUAUGGAGGCAGAUGAAGGGUUUGAAAGGACUGCCUAAGUUUGCCAGUUAUGGUUGUGUUAAACUGGCGGAUUAUGGUGGAAAGAUGGCGGUUUUGUGGGAUAAGUAUUUGCCUUCUAGUGGAUAUAAGAAGAAGACGAUUUGGUGUGCUGUGAUUUCACUUGAAAGGCCCAACAGUGAAGAGAUUUGGGGAAAGGUUGAGUGGCUUGAUGCUGUGCUCACGGUCCCUGAAUCUUAUGAAUUCGUCGAGGACGGGAAAUGUAAGACGGCAGACACAACGUUGGCCUACCAAAAACUAACCGGUAACGGUUUAAAGAACAAUGGUUUAAUCUUUAUCGGAUAUCUGGUUAUCGGUAACCAAGGAAAGAUUCAGACAUCAGGGUCUUGUCUUUACUCAUCCUCCAUUAGAAUUGAUGUCUCAUGUUCUUGGGAUCCAAGAUAUAACGACAUCUACAAUGGUAUCCUCAUACGUUUCAUCAAGGGCUCAAAGGCUUAUCUCGGCCAGAGAGAGGACUCAGUGGUCAUUGACUUUAACUAUUACCGAGCUGAUGAUGCGUUGACCCCGAGGUUAAACCAAGAUGUGAUGGAUGAGAUGGAGCAGAUGGCGUUUUUUAAAUACGGGGCUAAGCCGAAUUGGGGGAAGAAAAGGAAAUGA